UUCCAAAAUUCCCAUUGGUUCUUGUAACGAAACAUUCGUCUCCUCUGCGGUUCUGCUUCAUUCCUGCUCUCCUAGUAACGGAUUUUUUCCACGAGACCAGUCUCAGCAAUCUCAAGAGGGUCUCCUCCACCUCCUCUUCCCGUCCUCUUCAUCUUUUAGAACUGGGUCUCUGGAGACAGUAAUGGCUUCUAUCCCUUCAACAGAGACAGCGACCAAACCCUUCUCUGUUCUCUUUGUCUGCCUCGGCAACAUCUGCAGAAGCCCCGCUGCUGAGGCUGUCUUCAGGGAGAUCGUCAUGAGAAGAGGGCUUGAAUCCAAGUUCAAAAUCGAUUCUGCUGGCACAAUUGACUAUCACGAGGGUAACCAAGCUGACCCGCGAAUGAGAGCAGCUUCCAAACGGCGAGGGGUUGAGAUAACUUCCAUAUCGAGGCCAAUACGACCAUCUGAUUUCCUAGAUUUUGAUCUCAUUCUCGCUAUGGACAAGCAGAACAGAGAUGACAUAUUGGAGGCUUUUAAUAGGUGGAGACUCAAGGAGACACUCCCAUCUGAUGCCCAUAAGAAGGUCAGGCUAAUGUGCUCGUUUUGUAAAAAACACGAUGAAACUGAAGUUCCAGACCCUUACUAUGGUGGACCGCAAGGUUUUGAGAAGGUUUUAGAUUUACUUGAAGAUGCUUGUGAAUCAUUGCUGGACAACAUCCUGAAUGAGAACAGCCUUAUUUUGGAUCCAUAGGUCAUGUAAUUAAAGCCUGUGUUUUGUAAUUGUUGAUAGGGAUUUAUGUGUUUUUUUGUUUUUUGGUUAUAAAUCCAAAAUUUGGAAGAAACAAGUGUUUCCACGA